GUUCCGUCGUCCGUUCAACGGCCGCCUCACGUGAUUGCAGAGGGCAGUACGGUCUGGCAAGGGAAACCGCUGGGCGCGAGACGAGCGUUCAACGGCCAUCUGGAACGGACGACGCUCUUCUGAGAGGGGAGGGGGUGGUCUCCGUUUUCUGUACCGUUUGCCGACAUGAGCCGUUACAGCCGCCAGCGCUGCUUCUGGGAUACCCUGGCUUGUUCGCUGCUCCUGGCGGUUCUCGCCUCUUGCCUUAUUCCGCAGAGCAAAGCAGCUGUCGAAGAAGUUGGCUGUGAAAGACAUACAAAUUGUAGUUCCUGCAUUGCUAUUGAAUCAUCUCAACUGAAUUGCACAUGGCUUCAAUGCACUGAAGGAACUAUGUCUCAGUGCACAAAUUCCACAAGUAUUCCACCAGGUUGUGUUGCUGUUUCUGAAAAUGGGACAUGUACAGAUUCUCCUGUCACGACUACUACAGCUAGUAAGACGACUACAGCUAGUAACUCCACCACAGUCACCAGCCCAACAGGUAGUACAAUUAACUCAACUUCGACAGGAAAACCUAUUCUGAAUACUACAACCAUUGCCACUACUUCUGUUAUUACUGCUAAAACAGGUACAACAGCUCUAACACCAACUACCAAGCCAUCACAUCAUAAAGCAAGUUUUGAUGCAGCCAGUUUCAUUGGUGGUAUUGUACUUGUGCUGGGUCUGCAAGCAGUUAUCUUCUUUCUGUAUAAAUUUUGCAAGUCCAAAGAACAAAACUAUCACACACUCUAGGAAAUGUUGCUUUUUAAGUGGACUUAGAUUAGCUCAAUAUUUAUGGUUAGCUACACCAAAAGAUGCUUAUUCUUUAUGGAAUACAGCAGUUCAAGAUAUUAUUUUUCAAGACUUAAAAAAAUAGAUCUGCAACGUGCUUGGAAUAAGAUGUGAAUCAUGUCUUGCUGAACAGAAAUAUUUGCAAUAUUCUGCAUGAACCCUUAUUUGCUGUUUUAAAUUUUUAGUAGCUGCUACUAUAGAAUCUAUUCUAUUAUUUGAUAUGCCAAAUGUAGCUGUUGACAGUUAUUGUAUUUAGUGGCAGCAAUGUUCUUGGUAGGUAAAUUUACAAUUACAGUGAUUUAAUUAGGUUUAGAUACAAUAUCCCUAUGCAUCAUUAUUGAAAAUAGAUUACUGUUAAUUUGACAUAAAAAUUAUCUCUGAAAAUUAUGACUUUUUAUCUGUUCAGCUUGGAAAUUGGAAGAGAUUUGUAGGAUGUUUUUAGGAUAUUUUUUUCUUAAAUAUGAAUGCCCAUAUUUUUCCAUAUUAUAUGAUAUUACAAGGAUGAUUGUUUUCUAUUGUAAGUGUAAGCAUCUAUAGGAAGAAUGAUGAUCAAAAGAUACAAGUUCUCCUGUGCGUAAGGAAGAAGGACCAGUGCCUUAAUUAGCAGAUUGCAAAUUGAAGUGUUGUGCCAUCUUAUAUUUUGAGGUUCAGUGAAGAAUGUUAUUUUAUUUGCACCAAGUUUUCUCCAUUAGACAUAGGAACCUCAGCACUAUAUGCUAACAUUGUUAACUGUUUUGGAUCUAUAUUUUUGAGGAAUUAGAUUCUUUGAGGAAAAUAGAUUGGGUAAGCUACAUGUGAUGAAUUUAUCCAACUGAUAUUUGUGGGCCUAUUAAAUGUGGCAAAGUGUGGAUUCAAUUUGCUGUAUCCAGGCUUUGUUUACUGUUUCUAAAGCCAUUUGUCCAUAGCCUUCAAAUUACCUGCCUUAGAAAAUGCUGUGCUUUUCAUAUGAGAAUAAUAAUUUUAGCAAACACAAUUUGUGCUCACAACAUUAUGGAUAUUUUAAAGGUACUGUAGUCCUGCAUGGAUCUUGGAAUAUUUUAUUCCCACAUAGCAAUAUCCGACCUGUACAUUUCAUAAUACAGCAAAUUGUAUGAUAGAACAAUUGUGAUGGAAACAAACUUGAUUGAACACUUGAACUAAGUUAUUUUAUUUUGAUUAUUCUCUUAAUAGCGUCAUAAUGUUUGUUUUGCAAGUCAUGUGAUAAAUACAGUUGAAAUAAUCAAAACUCAGUUUAUAGGAUUAAGUGCUUCUGCUAGAUGAGCUCCAGUCAGGAACUGCAGUGGUUGGUUGAUAUUAUGCUGGUGACAAAAUUGACUCUCUAGAUUUAUUGUUUAAAAUGUUAACAUCAUUCUAAUUUCCUUAAUCCUUCUAGUUUGAGUAAAGUUCACUUCAGUAUUAGCCAGAAAGUGAAUUCAUAAAAUAUAUUUAGUAGAGAGUACUGUAAUUUUAAAGAAUCUUCCGACAACUGCACUCCUAAAAGACAAUAGCUCAGGUGAAUAAGACAGUUGAACUGACUACUCCAUUCAGAUAUUUCCAAAAUAGGUAAUGUGUAUUUAAUGGCCUUGUGGUAGUCAUUUUACCCACCUCCCCAUGAUCUUUAUAAAUUUAAGAAGCUGAAAAUUUAAACACAAUGCUAAUGAAAUUCUAAAGAAUGAUGGUUUAAAAAUGCACUCUUAAUAUUAAAUAAACAUUAUUCUUCAAAUUAAGAUUAAAAAGCUAUUUACUUUUUGCUUCCAUGCUUAUUCUUGAAUGUUAAUAUUUAUCUUGUAAAUUUAAAGGGAAAAAUGUUUCAAAACUGACAGUGCAGUAUGCACUUCCAAAAUCAAAAUGUGAGAUGAUUUUGUUACUGAGCCAAGAAUACCUGUCAAAGACAUUAAAACAUGUAUUCCUAAAUAUAGGAAUUCUUUCAAGUGCCUUAAAUUUUCUUAAUGUUGGCCUCAUGUCAGGGAAUGAAAUUUUAAUCAAUAUAUCUGCCCCUUAGUGUCAGCAAUUGCUCUUUUCCAAUGAUUUUAGAAAAUUCAGGUAUUUCAGGAAAUCUAUAUUUUCUAUUUAGGCAUAAAGCUAUAUGUUUAGUUACUAGGGCAUUUCUAACAAUUUCAUACAGUGGCAGUAGAUUUGAUUUUCUAAACCAGCUUCAUUUGUAAUCUACCAAACAACAGCGGACACAUUAAGGGGCUUCCCGGUUAUUCACAUAUUAAAUUCUUUACCAUCUAGAUUUAGAUAGAUAAAACUUUGUUUUCGGUAUAAUGCCAUUACUUAUGAAUUAGUAUGAAUAGAUUUUUAUCACUUUGCUGGUUGUUUGAAAUUCAGCAUAUUGUUUGUUUUUUAAGCAAUUUCCUGUAUAGAAUAACUGAUCACGUGGACCUUAAUUCUUUAGAUAGUAAAUUGUGACUUUCAUUCUUUAUCUGGAUUGUUCUUAGAACUCUCAUAUGCAAAUGUACUGCAUAGGGAAUGGAAUGUUAUAGAUAUUAUGUACUGCAUAUGUGAUGUUGUCAUUGGAAGAAAUGCAAAUUAUUUACAACUGUAAUACCAAAAUAAUAAAUCAUUUAUUAAAAUGC